AUCAUCAUCAUCUCCACACAACCCUCCGAAGUCUCCCCUUUACAUUGUCCACCUUCAAAACACUCAUCAUCACCAUUGUCGGCCAUUAUUUCCUUUCUCUCAAACUCAAAAAACCUCAUCUCUUCUCCUUUCUCCUUCUCCCCCAUCUUCCCCCAAACCCCAAAAAACCCUUUUCAUUUUCACUUCCUCUCUGAUUCCCCUUUGUACCAUGAAACACCAUCAAGAACUGACCACCACUACCGCUACCCUCCCAAGAUCCACCAGCUACAAAAGCUCCAGAAAAAUCAUUCCCUCCAACGUCUACACUCGUUCAACCUCUAUUCCCAUCACGACAGCCGAAGAAAUCUCCGAUAAACUCCUCCUCCGGAGAGAUUCUCCAGUCACUACUACAAGUAGUUCUCAGCUUCAACGCCUCCAUAGAGUCUCUGUCUCAUCCAGAUUUUCAUGUCUUCUAAAAUCCUUACUCAGGUUCGUAACUUUUCCGAAUAUAAUCCCGGCCGCAUCGUGUACAUGGCUCGCGAUUCCAACGCAUAUGUCUAUCACCCCGUCCCUGGGAAGGAAAGUGACCGGGACCUUGUUUGGAAACCGGAGAGGACACGUUAAUUUUGCCGUCCAGGAUGAUCCCCGGUCUGAACCCGUGUUGCUGCUUGAGCUUGCCAUGUCAACGGCGGCACUGGUUAAGGAAAUGUCGUCGGGGCUGGUCCGGAUUGCGCUGGAGUGCGAGAAGGGGAGGAACGUGCGGCUGUUCCAGGAGCCGAGAUGGAGUAUGUACUGUAACGGGAGGAAAAGCGGGUAUGCGGUGACUCGCGCGUGCACCGAGUGGGACUGGCACGUGCUGAGUACGGUUCAGACGGUGUCGGUGGGGGCGGGGGUUAUUCCGGUGGUGGAAGAUAGGCGGAAAAGCGGCGGGUCGGAGGGCGAGUUGUUGUACAUGAGGGCUAGGUUUGAGCGAGUGGUUGGUAGCCGUGACUCGGAAGCGUUUUACAUGAUGAACCCGGACAAAAAUGGAGGUCCUGAGCUCAGUAUUUUUCUUCUUAGGUUAUGAUGCAGAUUAUAUUGAUUUUAUAAGAAUAAUGGGAAAAUAUAGGAAAGAUGUUAUUAUUUUGUGUUGUGCAGUUUAAUUUGCACAACAAAAACUUUUAAAUGGAAAAGACCUCUUCCUCCAUUUAAGAGUCUUUGUUUUGCAGUAUAAUAUAAUAUGAACUGCAAAAUAGUAAACUUUUUAAAAAUAUAAUAGUUUGAAAAUGCUUUGUUUUAAUUAUGUUCCAAAAAAAACUAUGUAUUUUCGAUCCCUUCAUUCGUGUGGAACUACACAUGCCUUAGUUUCUUGUUCUCUUGCUUUGUAGUUUGUAUAUGGAGUUUCUAAAAGGAAGUGAACAACUUAGGUAACAUUUUGCAAUUGAUUAAAGAUACUCACUCUGG